UUACUGUUACAACCAUACAGCUAUACAGGGCAAGUGCAAGUGCGGAGUCGAAACCAGAAAAAAAAUGACGGAAAUCAAGAAUACAGCAGUUCAAGGGGAAGAUUCUACCCCUAUGUGGAGCUCUAUUUCUGCGGAAGAUGACAAGGCUGUGAUGUCAAAGUUCCAAGCAGAGAGUUCCAAGGUUGUUGAGAGUUGGUCCAUGGGAAAUGCGUCUGUUGUUGAGAAAGAUGCAGCAGUUUCAUUUCUGAUACAGCUUGGAGUUGUACAGAUUACUUUUCAGUCUGAUGACCAUCAAUCAAUCGUGACCAUUCAAUUUGAUGAUGGACAGAAUAAAGAGACAGUACAUGCUGAUUCAGGACAAGCCAAGGAUGGUGUCUGUAGCCAAGAGAUCACUGCCACACCUGCAACUGCUCAACCUUCCACUGCUCCACAACAGCAAAGUGCUAAGGAAGAACAGAGUGAUGAUGAGGAUAAUGGGAACUACUCAGCAUGGAUGUCAGAAUCCAACGAUACAGAUGACAGUGACGCCACUGAAGCAGAAGACAGUGUCCACCCAAGUACAACUCAACAGCUAAGAGGGGAACACCCUUGCCCUAAUUGCCAUGCAAUCUUUCACAGCACGUGGGAAUUAGAUCUGCACAGAGUGCAGGACUGUAAAGAGCUAAAAGAAUCAACCCAGCAAGUAUACAACUGUGACCAAUGUACAAAGUCCUUUCGUAUAAAGCUCCCACUGCUUAAACACCUACGUGAUGUUCAUGAUUGUGACAUCACUUCCUCUCAACUUCUUGAAAAACUGGAUGGUCUGAAAAGUACAAAAAGGCAAAUCAACUUAAAGAAGGAUGCAAGAGAAAGUUUAAAGAAGGGUCCUAGGAAAAGUUCAAAGGAUGCAAGAAAGAAUUUGAAGAGGAAUGCAAGGAAAACUAAUGAGCCACCCGCAAGGCGAUCUUGCAGACUUCAAAACCUCAGAGAAUUAAGAGAGCAAACAAAGCAGCAGACAAAGGCGAGGAAGAAGAAAAGAAUUGUGGGAGAUGUACAGGAAGAGAAAAUACAAACACAGAGUGACAGAAGAAAUACACCUCCACAUUUGAAGACACAAGUCCUUCCUGAUCUGAAGCUAAAAAUAUAUGAUACGUUGAAGAGAAUGACUAUUAAAUCUGGGAAUUCUCCUGUGACUUCAUAUGUAGGGACAGCAGAGCAGAGACAUGAUCCUGAUGAACACCAGGUUGUAGAGACUUUAUGUGAUAAUCCCAAUGGUACUGGUCAAGGGUCGACUGUAGAAUGGGUUAUUGAAAAGGAGUCACAUACCCCAAUCAUUAGUGGAGAAUCUGAAAUAGACUGUAGAGACCGAGAAACAUCAGUGCUGCCUGUGCCAGAGGUAGAACUUGAAGAGGAGGACAGUACGUUGACCAUACCCCUUGGCCUACCUCAGAGGGCAGGUGACCAGGGAUCGGGUGAUGGAAGGGGAGGAAGAAAUAAAGACACCAUGUCUAACCUUACUCAAAUGGAAAAGAAAAGUGAGGAAACCGUCUCGAUGACUGUUGGCAAUCAAGGUGGAAGGGGUGAACAAUGUGAAGCAAAUGAACAAGAAAAAGGCGGUGAUUCCGAGAAAGUCAGCGGCUCCCAGGAAGCAGAAACAAAGACAGGCAGCAAAAAGUCAAGAAAAUCUGGGAAACUAGUUUGCAGCAUUUGUCACUUGGAAUUUCCCUCUAUUCAUUUUCAACGGAAGCACAUCUUUGAAAGCCAUAAGGAAUGUAGAUAUUUUUAUCAGAAGUGCAGUACCUGUGGUAAAAUUUUCACAAAUAAAAGCCAAUAUAAAUCCCAUGUAAUAACCCAUGCAGACAUUGAAGAAAGGAAGAAGAACCAAUGCACAAAGAAAGUUCAAUGCAAAUGGUGUGAUAAAACCUUUGAUACUGCAGGUGGCCUUUCAAGACAUGUCAAUUCUAAGCACACGAAAAAGAGGACAUUCCCUUGCGAAUUGUGUGGGAAAGUUUUCUAUGUUGCUGAGAAGAUGAGGAUGCAUGUACUAUGUCAUGAUAAAGAAGAUAGAGAAUUUAAAUGUGAAGAAUGCGGAAAAGGCUUUGUCGCUUUGUAUCUUCUGAAAAACCACAAAGCAACGGUCCAUUCCAAUGAUCACCAAAGUCUAUGUGAUCUCUGUGGAGCAUCUUUUAAGUAUAAGGGAAGCCUUCAACAGCAUUAUAAUACCGUCCACUCCAAUGUCUACAACUUCGGUUGUGAGGUUUGCGGAAAGAAAUUCCAGCGUGCGACACUCCUGAAUGCCCAUAUGAAAAUUCAUUCCAGUGAUGCAUCUGCCAAGCCGUUUAAAUGUGAACAGUGCGACAAGUGUUUUCGAAAUCGAUAUAAAUUGAAAGUGCAUUCGAAUUGGCAUAAUAACAUCAGGUCACACACUUGUGAAGUGUGUGGCAAGUCGUUUCUAACAAAUGGUAACUUGACCAAACACAUGUAUACCCAUCAGGACAAGAAACCACAUGAAUGUCGGAUUUGUAACCGAGGAUUUUCUGACAUGCCGGCGCUCAGGAGACAUCUGGAUGUAGUACAUAAGAUCACCCUGAAGAGAGUCCUAUCACGGAUGAAUCCGAAAGUCACCAAGUCGGCAGAGACGGCAGCGGUUGAUGUCCCUAGUGCAAGGUCACCACCAGCAAAGUCGGGGACUGCUGCAUAUGAAGGGGAGAGUGCAGAGUUUGGGAACAUUGAAGAUUCUGCUGCCAUUGAUGGAGAAGUUGGGGAAGCACUUCUAGAAAUGAUGAAUGCUUAGUCAUUCAUAGUUUGGCUAUGCAGUCGAUACCAAGAUCUGUUAGUACGUUGCAAAUAAAAAAAUGAUGAAAAUCCAUAUUUUAUUGUUCAAAAUAGACAUGAAAUGAAAUACUCUGAAAAUUUGCUUUGCCCAAUUGAUUGUGGGCCCGGCAGCCGCUGUGCAGCGCCAGAUCGACGAGGCUCUAUCACUUUAAUCGUUGAACGCCAAACAGGGUAGCAGCAACUCCCAUCUUUUAACGUAUUUUGAUCUGACGCAGCCGGGGUUUGAACCCCGACCUCCUGGUUAUGAGACGGAGGCUCUACCAACUGAGCCAACACACCAGUCGUGAAUGACUACACACAACUGGUGCUCCUCGGCCUUUCUUAUGCUGAAAGCUAGAUCCCUAUGUAGCUGAAUUAGCAGCUAAGAACAUGUUCCAGUGGUGCAUCUAGUUGUUAUAUUAUAUGCCUGAAAUUGCAUAUUAUUAUAUGAUUUUUAAUGAAUUUCUGUAUUUCAAAUGUAAAGAUGCUUGUUAUCGCAUUUCUUCAUUGGAUUUAUAUUAAAAUAAAGGUAGAACAUUGAUUUCAUAGUAAGUCUUUAAAACCAAGGUUUAAUGGGCUUGUGAUGAUAGUUUGUGUUUGCAGAGCUGGGUGGAGUUGGGGUGGCCACACCCUUUUGAGACAUCGACGAGGGGGGUGGGGACUUUUCAUAAAAGGCUGUGCUGAGUAGCUACUUAAACUUCAUUAAUUUAGCAAAAUUAUUGUAAAUCAACAAAAAAUGCAAGCUCUCCUUUUUUUAUUGUAUUGAUAUUGAAUUGUUUUUAUUAUUUGAGUUAUAUAUUUUGUAAAAACGACUGGUUCAAUUUAAAAAACCUACUCAACACAUGGUGGAUUUAUCGCGAAAAGGGGCUGAAUCAGCCGCCCCCCCCCCCCCCGACUUAUUAGGGUUAAAUCUUGGUGAAAAAACCCCAGAUUGUAAACCAUUUACAUUAACCUCAAGUCUUGUCAAAUGAUACUAGUUGAUCUUUUCAGAACAGCUAAAAAUAUACAGGGAGCAUGUACCUUUAAGAAUGACCAUGUACAUCUCUAUAAAUAUUGCCCAUUCAGGUGUCACUAUCAAAAUUGAUGUUUUGACAGACAUGGGAAUCUUGGGGUUUUUUGUGUACUAAAAUUCUAUGAAAUGCUCUAUCACCUCUCUCAAAAAAGAAAUAACCUUACAUAUUUAUUUUCAAGUAAAAUCAUAUUUGUUUGUUAUAAAGCUCUGUUGAAGAGUGUAGCACAUAGCAUAUAAGAAGAGCAGCCAACAAAUGAUAUCACAUUAAUCAAACAGAAUAUGUCUAUUCUGCUAUUGUUUGAUAAGUUUUGUCAUUAUCUGAACAUAUUCUUGUAUUAUGAUGUCCUAGUGGACUUCCAUGAAAUGGUUCUAUUAUACAUGUAAUUGUUGCUUAUUUUUUGCAUAUUCCUGAGAAUCUAUUUCAGUAACUAAAAUCAGUGAAAAUUAUUCCUUCUGAUAGAGCACUGUAUGAAAGAAUGAGAUGAGAUGAAACAGUCGAUUUGUUUUGGUCGUUUGUGAAUUUUGUCUGAAUUAAUCUAGGCAGUCAAUGCACAUCAUCUACCAAAAGUUGAUCAUAAUUCUUCAACAUCAUGAAGGAAAUAAUUUGGUGGAUUCACAAUACGGUGCGCCAUCUGUUGCAGCAAACAGGCCAAAUUUCUAACUUUGGGGUCGACAUCACGCGCAGGCAGUGCACAGUGCUAGUGAACUGUAAUGUUUCAAAAGUGAAAGCCAUUUAACAAGAAUUCACAAAAAAACUGUCUAAAUUUUGCAAAGAAAUAUGCUGCAAAUUUCUCUCCCACCUCCUGGACCCUAUUAAACAACAUACCUGGUGGGUGUUUCAUAAAGCUGUUCGUUAAAUAAGAGCCACUUGAAGAACGACUGGUGAUCUUUUCUUGUGGCAAAUGAUAUAUUCAUUGGCGAUGGUUAAGCACGCAAGAAAGGUUCACCGAUCAUUCUUAAAGUUGCUCUUAACUUACGAACAGCUUUAUGAAAUGGUCCCCGGUCGAGCCGCGUCGGCCAGCACUGAAUAUGUGCAUGCACUAAAGUACUAGCGCGCGCAACAGAUGUCGACAUUUUCCUAUGAGGCAUUUCAGCCUGUCCGAUGCAACCUAUAGAUAGCGCACCAUAUUGUGAAUCCACCGAAUUGAGCAAUAAAAUUAUCAAAAAAGUAAAGCAUUUAAUCUACAAAAAAAUAGCUGCAUGUGAGGUAUCGGCAACUUGGUAUAUGAUAUGAGUUUGCGUAGUGCAUGAUUACAGUAUUGCAUUAUUUUGUCUCAGGUCCUACUAAAAUGUAAUUUUUAGAAAGGAGGAAAUUACACUGACCCAUACUCAUAUGUGCUAUUGAAUAAAUUAAAUCCAUGAAAAAGUUAGCACCUUUUUUUAGGAAAACUGGCGUAUACAAACAUGCACUAACAAAAAACCAUAAACACAGGUAGAAAGGAUAAAACAUUUCCAAACUAAUGGAGUUAAAACUAAACUGAAUCCCACUCAAAAAGGGACACUUAUUAUUUUAUACAAUAGCUCUAUUUUUGUUUCCGUUUAUAUGCAUUGAUGAUUUAUAAUUUGAGAUCCAUUAUUUAAUGUAUGUCGAAUUGCCAACAGGAAAACAGGUACGUAGGUCUACCUUUGUCAAUUCAUUGUGGACCACAAUGUUUUGCCUAAUGUGAAAUACGACUCCAAAAGAGAUAAAUAACACAUGUAUGCAUUCACAAUUUGGUUUGAAAAUCACUUCAACUUUAUAGGACAGGUAGAAUUAUACACAACUGUGUUUAUAUUCAUUGUUAACAUUUUCUACUCAUUCAAGAACUGGAGUAGAUGAAAAAUGAUUGAGUGUACUGAAAUGAUGGUAUUUUGGAGUUAAAUGGAGAUAUUACAAUCAAUCUGUUCGAUCCUAUCAGGAUUAAAUAUGAAUAUUAGCCAUGGCAAAACCACAGAAAGUGAUUACAUGUAUCUGUAGGAGGACAUUUGUUUUGUCUGUUAAUUGUCAGUUUUGACUUUGUAGUAUUUCUUGAAAGAGUAUACGUUUUUCUAUGGACUAUAAAAUUAUGAUAAUGUACCAAACAAACCUAAAUGGAUGUUUUGAUACUUUUAAUUAGACCCAUAAUUUGCAUUUUUGUAUUUUUUUUUUUGGGGGGGGGUCUCGCCUGCUCAUAGGCGCCGCUUUUCCGACGGUGGCGGCAUCGUCAAAUCUUAAUCAUAACUUAGGAUGUAUAUAGGCCUAGUUCAUGAAACUUGGACAUAAUGGUUAUCAAGUAUUACUGAACAUCCUGCCAGAGUUUAAGGUCACAUGACCAAGGUCAAAGGUCAUUUAGGGUCAAUGAACUUUGGGCAAGUUAAAGGGUAUUUGUUGAAUUUCCAUUGUAACUUUAAAUUUUUAUGGAGCUAGUUCAUGAAACUUAGACAUAAGAGUAAUUUAGUAUCACUGAACAUCCUCUGUGCGUGUCAGGUCACAUGACCAAGGUCAAAGGUCAUUUAGGGCUAAUGAACUUAGAUUAUGUGGGGGGAAUCAAAAUGAAAUCUCAAGUUUUUUAAAUGUCAUAACUGGAAGUAUAUAGAUCUAGUUCAUGAAACUUGGACAUAAGAGUAGUCAAGCAUCAGUGAACAUCCUGCGUGAGUUUCAGGUCACACGACAUAGGUCAAUGAACUUUGGCCGUGUUGUGGGUAUUUGUUGAAUUGCCAUAACUUUGAAAGUUUUUGGAUCUAGUUCUUGAAAUGUAGACAAAUGGGUAUUCAAGUAUCACUGAUUGUCUUGCACAAGUCUUCAGUCACACGAUCAAGGUCAAAUGUCAUUUAGGGUCAAUGGACAUAGUAUUUUAUCAUCAUAUGAAUGGUGUUUUUUGUAAAUAAUUAUUCUAGUCGUUUUCAAAGUCAGCACUGCUGCUAUAUUGAAUCACGUAAUGCAGGCGAGACUGCCAGAGGCGGCACUCUACUUGUUUACUCUUUGCAAUCUGUUCUUCUCCCUGAAAAAAAAGUGUUCCCCUUGUUUUGAACUCCAAUAAAUUAAAAA